AUGGUGUAUUAUUGUGCUGUUGGAUGCUCGAAUGAUUCUCGAUCUGUUAGCAAGGAGCAUGGAAUAGGUUUCCACCGUCUUCCUACGGAAGGUUCUCUCUUGCAAGAGUGGUUAGGAAAAAUAUCCCGAGUUGACUUUGUGGUUACCAAAGAUACUCAGUUGUGUUCCGAUCACUUCGAGCCUGACUGCUUUGAACGUGAUCUUAAAGCAGAACUACUUGGGUUGAAAGCAAAGCGUACAUUGAAGCCGGAUGCUGUACCAACAAUUUUUGUCCAUCGACCAAGGAAAAAGCCUCGACUAUCGUCUGAAAACCGUUCGCAUGACAGGGCAAAGAAAGAGGAGCUAGACUAUAUUGCAUCACUCAACACGACGCAGCAUGUUUCCCCUUUCAAUGUCGUGGAACCUAGUACCUCCACUGAAUGUAAUUCAGCAGCUGCCCCUCAAAAUUCCCAGGGUGUACAUGCAGAACCUGUACCUAGUACCUCAAGUGAAAGUGACCCGGAAGUUGGCUGUCUAAAUACCCAGGGCAUAGAUCAUAGUGAGGUUGCAUUGGAGGGGCCGUUGGUGCAACUUAAUGUAGAACCGCUGAAAGCAAAUCAAAAAAGUGUACCGACACAUAAGUCUACCAGUGAUGUUGGGUGUCAAAUUAACACACGAGGAAUACAACUUACGAUGAAAUUAACCGACUCCCAAAGCACUCAAACUGAUGAAAACUUUUACGGAGAGGAAGUGAUCUUUCCUGAUGAAGGAGGCCCUUCCCAUGAACAGAAAAUCACCUCAAAAGGAUCCAUCUUAUGUACCUUUGGAACUGAUGAAAAGUCACAUCACUCAAACAAUUCACAGUCAGAAACUGAAGACUCAAAAGCUGUCAACCCACAAGAUGAUGUUAAGUUCCUUGUGUUCAAACUAGAAUUAGUUAAGCUUUCUAAAAGAUGCCGAGUGUGGUGCAGGCAUAAAAACAAGGCAUGA